AUGUCUUUCGAUAAAUUACAACCUGUCAUUAAACAAAUUGAUAUGAGUGAUGAAAUGCAAAGAGAAGUCAUUGAAGUAUCAAGAUAAGCCAUUGACAAGAGUUCUACAGAUUAAUAAAUUGCCUCAUAUAUCAAGGAUGAGUUAAGAGCAAAAUAUCAUGGAACGUGGCAUUGUAUUGUAGGAAGAAACUUUGGAUCGUAUGUAACUCACGAAACAAAACAUUAUAUAUAUUUUUACAUUGGAUAACUGGCCAUCAUGCUCUUCAAAACAGGAUGA